CUUGUAUUCCGUGCUGUCGUAAAACCCACGUGUCCAGUCUGGACGCUGCCAGAGUGGAGCGGCGGCGCCGAGGCGGCCGAGCGCAGCAGCCCGAGGCGGCUCGGUCCCGCGCUCCGCUCCUCCUGCGCUCCCGCGCUCUCAGCCCAGCGGCUCUUGCGCCCUCCGCGGGCCUCCGCGACCGUCGCCAGCAUCCUGGGAAAGGCUCGGGGCCGCGGGAUCCCUAAGGCUGUCUUCCUCCCCGGGGACAUGUAGCUCACCCGGGACUCCCACUCUGUGAUCGCACAUCGAAACCCCGCGCGCACGCACGCCCCCAGCUCCCCGGCUGCUCGGACUUUGCAGCUCCAGGCGUCGGAUAUGCUGAAGCCGGGAGAGCCCGGCGGCUCGGCCUUUCUUAAAGUGGACCCAGCCUACCUGCAGCACUGGCAGCAGCUCUUCCCGCACGGAGGCGGCGGCCCGCUCAAGAGCAGCGGCGCGGCGGUUCCCCUGGGCGCGCCCCAGCCCCUGCAGCCACCGCCGCCGCCUCCCGAGCGCCCCGAGCCGCCUGCGGACGGCCUCCGGCCGCGGCCAGCUUCGCUCUCCUCCGCCUCGUCCACCCCGGCUUCCUCCUCCACCUCCGCCUCUUCUGCCUCCUCCUGCGCCGCCGCCGCCGCCGCUCUGGCGGGGUUCUCGGCCCUGCCCGUGGCGCAGAUGCCGGUGUUCGCACCUUUAGCCACUGCAGCGGUGGUCGCGGAGCCACUGCCCGCAAAAGACCUAUGCCUCGGCGUCCCCGGUCCCGGGCCGGCCAAGUGCGGCGGCGGCGGCGAUGGCCGGGGCGUCCCGCGCUUCCGCUGCAGCGCGGAGGAGCUGGACUAUUACCUGUACGGCCAGCAGCGCAUGGAGAUCAUCCCGCUCAACCAGCACACCAGCGACCCCAACAACCGUUGCGACAUGUGCGCGGACAACCGCAACGGCGAGUGCCCUAUGCACGGGCCGCUGCACUCGCUGCGCCGGCUCGUGGGUACCAGCAGCGCCGCAGCCGCAGCUCCCCCGCCCGAGCUGCCCGAGUGGCUGAGGGACCUGCCGCGGGAGGUGUGCUUGUGCACCAGCACUGUGCCCGGCCUGGCAUACGGCAUCUGUGCGGCGCAGAGGAUCCAGCAGGGCACCUGGAUCGGGCCUUUCCAAGGCGUGCUCCUGCCCCCAGAGAAGGUGCAGGCUGGCGCAGUGAGGAACACGCAGCACCUGUGGGAGAUAUAUGAUCAAGAUGGGACACUACAGCACUUUAUUGAUGGUGGGGAACCUAGUAAGUCGAGCUGGAUGAGGUAUAUCCGAUGUGCAAGGCACUGCGGAGAACAGAAUCUAACAGUAGUUCAGUACAGGUCGAAUAUAUUCUACCGAGCCUGUAUAGAUAUUCCCAGGGGCACCGAGCUUCUGGUGUGGUACAAUGACAGCUAUACGUCUUUCUUUGGGAUCCCCUUACAAUGCAUUGCCCAGGAUGAAAACUUGAAUGUCCCAUCAACAGUAAUGGAAGCCAUGUGCCGACAGGAUGCCCUGCAGCCCUUCAACAAAAGCAACAAGCUCUCUCCGGCCAGCCAGCAGCGCUCCGUGGUUUUUCCCCAGACUCCGUGCAGCAGGAAUUUCUCUCUCCUGGAUAAGUCUGGGCCCAUGGAAUCGGGAUUUAACCAAAUCAACGUGAAAAACCAGCGGGUCCUGGCAAGCCCGACCUCCACCAGCCAGCUCCACUCGGAGUUCAGUGACUGGCACCUCUGGAAGUGUGGCCAGUGCUUUAAGACUUUCACGCAGCGCAUCCUCCUGCAGAUGCACGUGUGCACGCAGAACCCCGACAGACCCUACCAGUGUGGCCACUGCUCCCAGUCCUUUUCCCAGCCGUCAGAACUGAGGAACCAUGUGGUCACUCACUCCAGUGAUCGGCCUUUCAAGUGUGGCUACUGCGGCCGUGCCUUUGCUGGGGCCACCACCCUCAACAACCACAUCCGGACCCACACUGGAGAAAAGCCCUUUAAGUGCGAGAGGUGUGAGCGGAGCUUCACGCAGGCCACCCAGCUGAGUCGACACCAGCGGAUGCCCAAUGAGUGCAAGCCAAUAACCGAGAGCCCAGAAUCAAUCGAAGUGGAUUAACUGAUUGACUGGUUGGAAUUAAACUGCAAGGAAAGUCAUGAUUAAAUGUCACGGACACUUAAGCAAAACCAAAGAUUUCCUCUGAGCAACUUUCAAUCAGUCCCAGAAAACCAAAAGCAGUAAUAAAAUAAGUAAGAUGUUAAGAGAUAUUGAUCCUGGCGUGGAAGUCAGACCAGGAAAGAGAUUAUUUAUUUAUGACUAGGGAUGAGACUGAUUUCCGUGGACAACUCACCUGGGAUGGCUAACAUUUCUAGUCCCAACCAUGUAUUUGCUUUGUUUCUUAAAAGCUUUUUUAAACUGUUAUUUAAUACCAAAGGGAGGAAUCGAGUGGAUUCUUCUGCCCACAGUUGUGACUAAGAACGCACAGGGACUUGGCUCUUGUUGCACCUUUUUCUAGUAGCAUGUUUCAAGGGGACCGGUUGUUCUGCCUUCCUCCUGCUGUCUUCCCUGGCCCUGCCCAACACUGGCUGCCCAGCUGGAACUGUGAACCUGGCUGAGGUGGUGCUGCCUGCAGCCCCCAGGCCUCCCAUUUCCACACUUCUCAUGCACUUUCAUGUGGCUCCUUCCAUCCGUCAGCCUGGAAUUGAUGCAGGAAAGACUGGAAAAGGAAGAAAAUGGUUUCACAUUCAAACUCAAAGGAAAAAGUGAGGGAUUUACUUUGUCCUGUUAGGAUUUCAAAAACCCUUUAAAUGUAUGGAGCUUCAUAGUACGGUAUAUUGUUCCGAAGCAGCUAGUUGAGAAAAUGUUUUCAAUAACAUUUUAGCUUAAGAAAUGAAAACAGAAAUAAAGUUCUUUGGUCUGAGGCUGAAU